GAGACAUUACAGGCGACCAAUCUCCCGCCAAACGGCGUCGUCCGUCGCAGUACGACUAAACAAACCCUGAGGAUACGCACACAACCCUCAAGAUGGCGCUCUCACACGCAGGCCUCAGCAUCGCGUCGAUGCUCCUCCUCGCCGGAAGCAUUGUGUUGAUGUUCUUCGUUAUCCUUGCCGGCGUAUCGAACACGACACCGCUAAACAACACAUACUUCCUCAGCGCCGACACUUCGGGCAUCACCGGCGCUCGCGACACCACACAAUGGACAUACUUCUACAUGUGCGGCCCUGGCAACCAGGACUGCAGCAGAGCGUGGCCUGCGCCCGCUGUCGGUUGGGCUUGGGACGCGAACCCAGCUAACGCUCCUGCUGAGCUCGUCGGCAACCACGGAGGCGACACCACCAGCUCGUACUACUUUUAUAUGUGGCGCUUUGGUUGGGUCUUCUACAUCAUGUCCGUCUUCUUCGCUGUUUGCGCCUUCUUCACCGGAUUCUUGGCAUGCUGUGGACGCCUCGGAUCGGCCGUCGCUGGUUUCGCGACUGCUGUCGCGCUGUUCUUCUUCACCAUCGCCGCCUCUUUGAUGACCGCCGAGUUUGUCAAGGCACGCAACGCGUUUAUCGCCGCCAACCGCACUGCCACCAUCGGCACAUAUGCUUUCGGUUUCACUUGGGGUGCCUGGGCUGCCUUGUUCAUCUCCAUGAUUCUCUACUGCAUCGGUACCCGCGCUGGCAAGGACAAGUACAGCAGUGGUGGCAGCCGAUGGGGCCGCCAAAAGAGUGUCCGUAGCCGCCGCAGCUACGACAUGGGCAGCCGCCGCGUUAAGGAUGACUACUCAUAAAGGACGGAGUAAUAAUACCAUUCCAAAAAUAAAGAAGAAGAAAAAAACGACCCAAGAAAAUCUGAAAGUCGAUACAA